AUGACAAUUGCGUCGCGCCAGCGCUCCUCGUCCAAUAUCUCGAAUACCUCUGAUAGAUCAGGCCGUCGCGGCCCUCCCACCCCCCUCUCUGCGAGCCGCUCCAACCUUGGCGUGCCCAACGAUCUGCUGCUGAACGACGUGCCGAGCGUGGGCUCGCCUGCCUCGUCGCUCCUUAUACCCUCCGGCGGAACAAGUUCACCCUAUCCGCUGCUGUCGCCGGGGAACAACUCCUACUCGACCAGCCCGCGGGGCCGGGCGCAUACCGUUGCGGACCCGAACCUCAUACAGCGGCAGCAAAGCUAUCUGCAAAAGCCCGUCAUGCAUCAGUACAUCCCCCCACCGCCUCCCCAGCCCACCUCGACGCCCGCUCCUCAUAACAUCAACAACCUCCCGCCGCCUCCUCCCCGACCCGUCAAUACGAACACUCUUGGCGGCAUCAAUAUACCCCCUCCGCCUCAGAACUAUGGUUGGGGCGCGCCGCGACAGUACCAGCCUCAGGGCUACAAUCCCAGCCUCUAUCACAGCUACCAGCCAGGCCUCCCUCCUCCACCGUCUGGGCCGCCACCUCAAACUCAACCGCAACAGCAGGAGGCCCCUUUGACCUCAGCGACAUACAUUCCAGGCGGAGAGUCAUUUGGUCCGGGGGUUGGCAUUCCGCCUCUUCACACUUCAAGGCAGUACAUCGAGCCGGCCUUUUAUCGCGAAGAGAAUUAUUCUGCCAACACCGAAGGUUCCGCCACCAGCUUUCCUGCACAGGACCAGUAUGGUACCAGCACGAGCUAUGCCCCGUCUAAUCGCAGUCACCUCAAUAUUCCCACCGACAGAGCCCAGACAUAUGACUCGCCGGGACCGCCAACCGCCACGCUCCAGAACCCGAACCCACAGGCGCAUGGCAGUGUCUACUAUCGCACUGAAAGCGCUGGAACAACCCCAAUAUCGCCGCACGAUGCUGCUACACAAUGGCCUGCCGAGCGCGUGCAGAUGUGGUUGGCCAACAAUAGCUUCUCGAGGGAUUGGCAGGAGACGUUUAAGGCGUUGGGUCUGGAAGGAUCAAGAUUCCUCGAAAUCGGGAGAGGCCAUGGCGGGAAGGGUAACGUUGCUAUGAUGCACCAGGUCAUCUUUCCUCAGCUGGCGAAGCAAUGCACCGCAAGUGGAACCGGCUGGGACCAAAACAGAGAGAGGGAUGAGGGUCGAAAGCUACGUAGGCUAGUGCGUGCCAUUGUGGAGACUGGAAGCUCGAGCAACGUGCGGAUGCCGCAACGUGCUGAUACUGGAAUGACUCUGGCCAGUGCAGGUACAGAGGGGACGCUCGAGAACUCACCCUAUCUGGGAACUCGGAUGGACUUUGGCUCCACGCCCACAACUGCAGGAGGUGGUGAGGAGAGUCCUGGACGACAAAUGCCUUUGAACUCCCCUGCAUCUGCUACGGCGCCUAGACGGAUAUCGACCCAGCGCAACUUCACCGUGCCUGGCCUUGGACCGCCUCCAGACUACAACGAAGCGGCUGGUCGCAGCGAGUAUUCCAAGAAUGUGCUGCGAGACCUAGACUCGAAAACUAAACGACACAGCCCUAAUGCGUCCGGAGAAUUUACCCCUUCGUCAUUCGGUGCAAUGAGCCAUCGGGAUGCAAUGAGGCAAGCAAGCCCGCAGCAUAGCCCCGCUCUCCAGUCGGCACGUCUCGCCACCAAUGGAAGCCAGCUGAGUGCUGGACUGAGCUCAUCUGCUCCGCGAUAUUAUAGUCAUCAGCGCGGCAACAGUUCGGAAUCGAAUUUGUCCACAUUUGCGACGGCGGGCUCCAUCACAGGAGGAUCUGGGCCGCCGUCGGGCAGGUCUUUCGACGGCCGCUCUGAGAGCCGCAACGAGAACCGCAACGAGAGCCGAAGGAAUGGAUACGACGGCUCUCGGCCCGGGACCGGCAUGUCGAGGCACGAUAGUGCAGAGAUCCCCACGAGUGCGAAAGAACAUAAGGGUUUUCUGCCCAAGUUCAUGCGACGCGACAAGAAGAAGGAUGAGGGUCACCCCUCCCCAGAUGAUACUAGCCUAGACUCCCCGACCAGUCCUGCGAGCCAUCGGCAUUUUGCUGGCUUUACCAAGUCGGGCAUGAACUCCAGCGAGACGUCGUUGAAUGAUCGUCCUCCCUCAAGACGCUCCGCUCAAACUGACACAGAAAGCCGGACAAUAGGGCGUGGAAGAGGGUCUUCAACCAGGGAAAGCGAACGCAGAUUCGCCUUUGUGACGCCCGACGGCUGGAACUACCGGCUCGUGGACGUCUCCGGCGCGACUUCAGCCGCUGCUCUGCGAGAAGUCGUUUGCGAAGAGCUCAAUCGGGGCCUGAGCCAGAUACCCGGUGUUCAGCUACACCUCACCUCCCCAGGUCAAUACGAGCAUGACGACCCUCUAUCCGACUCAAAGCUGCUGAAAGUUCGCUCGCAGUACGGCAAUAGGCUUGGCGAUCUAAAGAUAUUCGUCAAAGUCCCGCGGGAAGCGACCGUACCGCCUUCCGCCGGCUUAGGUGUCUCAAUCCCGCCCCCUUCUGGAAAGCCAAUAGACGAGGCUACAUAUGCGCGCCUGAAUGCCGACUCACAGCUGGACUCUCCUGAUGUUAAAUCCGGUGAAUCCACUCUGGUCCCUGGGAAGAGUGCCGGUCUACGGAAACUCGCGGAAAGGGACGAGUUGACCCCGGAGGCUGUCGCUGAACGUUUGAAUGGCGGUAGCAGAGCACCGGAGCCGUCCUGGGCUGUUGGCGAUGAUCUGCCCGAAACAGAACGCCAAAGGCUUCUCCAGGCUGCUGAGGAACACCAACGAGAGAACAAACGUAAGCAGGAAGCAUAUCUCAAGUCUCGCCAAGAGAAGCUCAGAAAGGAGACGUCGCCCAGUCGGUCAUCACCUGGGGAGGUCGGCUUCCACAGUCCGGGCGUCAUUGAUUUUGACGAGCGCCGUGAGUCUCCAUAUGAAGAUAAGAGGCAUUUCGAUGAUCGAAGAAAGAGCAAACAGCUGGUGCCGCUUAGGGAGCCUCCCCCUGUACCUCCAGAUUCGAGCACCCUCAUUAAAGCCAAUUCCCUGUCAAAAAAUAAGAAAGACCGGACGUCGUGGCCCGACGGCGAGGACUCUCAAAACAAACGGAGGUCAACCGAGGCAGAGCCUUCGAAGCGAAAAGCCAUCCCGCAAGGUCCAUCAGCGGGUCUAUCCAGCAUCGCUGCUGCCAUCAUUGGUGCCGGCACCGUUGGCAGUUCCGUCGGCGCUGCAAACAAAGCGCCUCCCAAACCGCCCCCGAAGGACUCCGCUCGAGAUAUCUCCCCUGAAAGUGUUCGUCCGUCGCAGAGAAUAUUGCAGGAAAGUGGGUUUGGGGGAUCUUCAGGUUCCGGUAAGAACAGUCCAGGUGGGUCGCCUCGCAGUCCUGGGUCCCUUACAAUGAGCAAAGGCAAUGUGCCGUUCACGAUACCUGACUAUGAGGAAGAUGUACCAGACGACGUGUCUCUCGAUAGACCAAGUCUCACGCUCAAGAUGCCGAGUGCACCGAAUCCGACCAUCGCGAAGCUCAAGGACGAGCAACACUCUAGAACAAGGUCUCCAGACAUUAGCCCUCACUCGGCACAUCCGCCAGCAUCCACACUAUCGAGAGAACCGUCAAGAGUCUCGGUGUAUGGGCCCACGCUUGACUUUGAAGAGACACGGGUAUCGUUCCAUUCUAAAUCGCCCAUGCUGGCCCCUGUCGAUUCGGACGAAGAUGAUUCCGAUGAAGGCUUGUUUGCUAUGCCGUUAGCCAAGGCAGGCCCGCCAACUCCCGCUAAGAGUGGCUUCUCGACUCCGAGCGACUCACGCACCCAGCGCCCUUCGCUCACUCUCAAGACCUCGCGAUCAAAGAACUCGCUUGACAGGGUGGCGGAUAGAUCGGGCGAGCACAGUGCAGCCACGGACGAGACGCGCAACUCGCAGCCUAGUGACGCUCAUCCGGAAUCAGCUGCCUCUGCCACUUGGACGGACUCACCCGAUGAUACGAAUAGAUUCAUGCGGCGCGAAUCGUUUGCCAGCGACCUUUGGGCGAAUCGUCCUCCUGCCGAAGCCCUGGUAGAGCACUUAGACGAGUUCUUCCCGAACGUCAACCUUGACCAGCCAAUGCUCGAAGAAGACGUAACCGACACAGAUGCGUCGACUGAGCUCACUAGCGAUUUCUCUAGGGACAGUCGAUCGGUUACUCCCAUGUCUUCGUUUGAGGAUACCGGCACCAUGACCUCCACCAACACCGUCCUUAAUCGAUCCUCCGUCCAAUCAAUGGCGCAGCGCAACAUUAGGAAGUCGGGCGUGGGCCUUGGGCGGACCAAGUCUAUUCGCGAGGUUGUCAAGUCCCAAUAUCAACCUCUCGAGAAGCGGCCUCUCACCGGACAGGGUAUCCCAGCGGCCGGUCCCUCCCGCGUUGCUACUCUCCGCGGUGGUGGCGACAUUGUGCGAAGGAAGUCGACCAAGAUGUUCCACGCAAAGAUCGAACAGGUGAAGCCGCCAAGAGGGUCUCGGUUGAUCCAGCUGGAGACCAUUCCGCAAGACCACUUGCCCUUGCCGCAACGCCAACCCACCUUCAAAUGGAUGAAGGGUCAGCUCAUCGGAAAGGGAACAUUCGGGCGUGUCUAUCUCGGUAUGAACAUCACCACCGGUGAGCUGAUUGCAGUGAAGCAAGUUGAAGUGAAUCCAAAGGCCGCUGGUUCAGACAAGGACAAGAUCAAAGAGCUAGUGAAGAGUUUGGACCAGGAGAUCGACACGAUGCAACAUCUGGACCACCCCAACAUCGUGCAGUAUCUUGGCUGUGAACGCAAAGAAUACAGCAUCUCCAUCUUCCUCGAGUACAUUAGCGGUGGCUCGGUCGGAUCCUGUAUUCGCAAGCACGGUAAAUUCGAGGAAUGUGUGGUCAGCUCUCUUACCAGGCAGACCCUGUGUGGUCUGUCGUACCUACACAGAGAGGGUAUCCUGCACCGCGACCUCAAGGCCGACAAUAUCCUCCUCGAUCUGGACGGCACUUGCAAGAUCUCUGAUUUCGGUAUUUCCAAGAAGACUGAUAACAUCUACGGCAACGAUAUCACGAACAGCAUGCAAGGCUCCGUCUUCUGGAUGGCACCCGAGGUUAUCCGUUCGCAAGGUCAGGGCUACUCCGCCAAGGUCGACAUUUGGUCGCUCGGCUGCGUGGUGCUCGAGAUGUUCGCUGGAAAGCGACCUUGGUCCAAGGAAGAGGCUAUCGGCGCAAUCUACAAGCUUGGCAGUUUGAACCAAGCUCCUCCUAUCCCCGAGGACGUCUCUAGAGUCAUUGGGGUGGAGGGCCUGAGCUUCAUGUACGACUGCUUCACGAUUGACCCCGCCGAACGUCCCACUGCCGAGACGUUGCUCCGCUCACCCUUCUGCUUCCUGGAUCCCAACUACAAUUUUCUCGACACCGAACUGUACGCCAAGAUCAGAGGCGCCUUCCAGUAA